GCCUCUGCCUAAUAACUUUCUAUCUAGCUAUUACUUCUCUUCCUGUCCCUCCUCUCUUUUCUCCAAUUGUUGUUGUUGUUCUUCUUUCUUCUUGAAUCACCACCACCCAAGAAUCUCACAUGGCAACCAUAGAAGCCAAGCUUCAGCCAAACCCUCCUGUGAUGAAAAGCCAAAAGCUUUUUCUUGGUGUUCAAAUUUGGUUGAGGACUUUUGCCAUGGCCACUACAUUAGCUGCAACUUGGAUCACAAUCACAAGCAAACAGUCCACUGAGAUUGUUGGCAUAACCUUUGAUGCUAGAUAUAGCUACUCCUCUGCCUUCAAGUUCUUGGCUUUUGCAAAUGCUGUUGUGAGUGCUUGUUGUUUGGUGUCCUUGCUCCUUGUUUUCCUUCUCCAUCUUCAAGGCUCAAAUCCCAAUCACUACUUCUUCUUGUUCCUCCAUGAUUUGUUCAUUAUGUGCUUGGUUCUUGCUGGAUGCGCGGCUGCAACUGCGAUAGGGUUUGUGGGGCGGUAUGGGAACAGCCACACUGGUUGGAGUCCAAUUUGUGAUCACUUUGAUAAGUUCUGUCACAGAGUGUCAAUAUCUGUGAUUCUCUCCUACUUAUCUCUCAUAAUUUUGCUGAUGCUUACUGUUGGCUCAGCAAUCAAGUCUAGACAGAUUCGGGUUUAGAUUAGAAGUUGUACUACUGGUUGUGAUAUUCAGCUGCUGUUGUAGUUUCUUGUUGUAGAAUUUCUUAUUUUCUUUCAAGGCUAUGUUGUGUACUAGUGUUGCAGAAGAAGCGUUAUAUGAAAUGUAGGUCUUUGUUGAUGGAAGUAGAUCUUCGUUGGUGUUAUUAUGC